AGGCCGACUAGGUCACGAGAACAGGUGUGAAGACAGAGUCGGGGUGCACGCGCGAGAGACUCGUGAGCGAGAGGAUGUGGGGGCCCAACACAGGUGCCGGGGCAAGGUUCCCCACUUCACCAGCGAGAGGGGUGGUGCAAGGGGUCCGAGGCGGAGGGAGGGGCCGCUGUGGAUGCACAGACCACAGGCCACCCUCAACCACCCUCUCUGGGCCGCGCGAUCCCGGUCCUGGGUCCCGUGCACCGGCACCGCCCGGCCUUGGUUUCUGUGCGUCAGUCCCUCCCGUUGUCUUGGCAACAGGCUCGUUGCCCAGCAACCAGCCUUGCUAUCACCCUGCCUGGAGCCCGGCGGUCUCUCUGGGCAACAGUGGUCGGAUGGUUCCUACGCCUGCCUUCGCCCACUUCCGGUUCAAGCCCUUGGGAAGGGCAAGGAAGGGGCAGAAGAAGAGGGUGGUUGGGGGAUCCGCCUGCAGAGAGGGAUCGUCCUUUUGAGAUGGAAUUGGGUCCCCCCAAAGCCCGCCCUCGGCCUGGAAAGGCUGAGAUUAACUCCCAGUGUGCACCGAAAGUCUCUGAUGCGCGGAAAACUCAAUGGAUGUUUGGGGUAGGAGUGGGGGGAUAGGGUGCUUGGGUACCUCUGCAGGAAGCACCGCAGGAGCCCGACGCCAUGUUCCCGGAACCCCCGACCCCGGGGUCUCCAGCGCCUGAGGCACCUCCAGACUCGAGCCGCAUCAGGCAGGGCGCAGUGCCUGCCUGGGUCCUGGCCACCAUCGUGCUGGGCUCAGGCUUCCUGGUCUUCAGCAGCUGUUUCUGUCUCUACCGGAAGCGCUGUCGGAGACGAAUGGGCAAGAAGAGUCAGGCCCAAGCCCAAGUCCAUCUUCAGGAAGUGAAGGAGCUGGGCCGGAGUUACAUAGAUAAGGUUCAGCCUGAAAUAGAGGAGCUGGACCCCUCACCUUCCAUGCCAGGACAGCAGGUUUCAGACAAGCACCAGCUAGGACGGUUGCAGUAUUCACUGGAUUAUGACUUCCAGACUGGUCAGCUCCUGGUGGGCAUCUUGCAAGCUGAAGGACUGGCAGCGUUGGACCUAGGAGGUUCCUCGGACCCUUAUGUAAGUGUCUAUCUGCUGCCAGACAAGCGGAGACGACAUGAGACCAAGGUGCAUCGGCAGACCCUGAAUCCACACUUUGGGGAGACCUUUGCCUUCAAGGUCCCAUACGUGGAACUGGGGGGCAGAGUGCUGGUCAUGGCGGUGUAUGACUUCGACCGCUUCUCCCGCAACGAUGCCAUCGGGGAGGUGCGGGUGCCCAUGAGUUCCGUGAACCUGGGGCGGCCGGUGCAGGCCUGGAGAGAGCUGCAGGCGGCUCCCAAAGAGGAGCAGGAGAAACUGGGGGACAUCUGCUUCUCUCUCCGCUAUGUCCCCACGGCCGGAAAGCUCACCGUCAUUGUCCUGGAAGCUAAAAACCUGAAGAAGAUGGAUGUUGGGGGACUCUCAGAUCCCUAUGUUAAAGUGCACCUGCUUCAGGGAGGCAAGAAGGUUCGGAAGAAGAAAACCACCAUUAAGAAGAACACCCUGAACCCCUAUUACAAUGAGGCCUUCAGCUUUGAGGUACCCUGUGACCAAGUGCAGAAAGUCCAAGUGGAGCUGACCGUAUUGGACUAUGACAAGCUGGGCAAGAAUGAGGCCAUCGGGAGAGUGGCGGUGGGCGCAGCCGUCGGUGGGGCCGGCCUUCGGCACUGGGCUGACAUGUUGGCCAACCCCAGGCGGCCCAUUGCCCAGUGGCACUCGCUGCGGCCCCCUGACCGAGCCAGGCCAGUGCCCGCACCCUGAUCCCCAUCAGGCAAGCACCCGACCCCGGAUCCCUCGCUCCCAGCCCCUUACACGCCUCCCCGAAUGCCUCUCCCUACUCCCCAAAUGUUGCAUCCAUUCCUACCUCCACAUUGGAAAUGUUUCUAACUUCUAGCACCAGAGUCCCAUACCCAGAAACCACAGUGACCUUGUGGGGGGGUGGUUAAGUCUGGCACCCCCCGCCCCAGGGUCCUACCCUCUGCUUUGACAAUCAGCUGUGAAGCUUGUUAUCUCCUUUCUCCCAGUCUCUUAGCUCUUCCCACACAGCUUGCCCCCUGUACUGCUCCUGGGCCAAAUAAAUACUCAACAGCUUGGA